AGUUAGUUUUUAUUGCCAUUCCUAAUUGCCUUUUUGAUGCUGUUCAAACAGUGACUCAUCUUCAUUUCCCUCGCUUUCUUCCCUCCUUCCCACUUUGCUACUCUGACAGUGACUCUCUCACCAUUCAGUCUUCACUAUCCAUACGCUAUGUUCCGUUUCCCCUCCGUGCUCCUCUACCGCCGCCUUCACCGCCGCAAACUCUCCACCACGCCCUCGCGUCCUCCCUCCCUCCCUCUAUCCCACCCGAUAUACCUCAUUUGGGGCUCCAAUACCGGCGUCGGCAAAACCCUAGUAUCCGCCGGCAUCGCUGCCGCCUCCCUCCUCUCCUCCGCCACCACUCCCUCCCAAUUCCAUUACCUCAAGCCCCUCCAAACUGGCUUCCCCGCCGACUCAGACUCCCGCUUCGUCCUCAACAAGCUCCGCCAACUCUCCCUCCGCUGCAACCCUAGCGUCCAUCUCUCCGCCUCGCACCGUGUUCUCAACGUCUCCCCUGCCGUACCGGAGAUAAAUCCGCCGGCCGGAGAGGAAGGACGUGGCCCCUCGGAGCUGCAUUGCAAGACUCUGUACGCGUGGGAAGAGGCCGUGUCGCCGCACUUGGCCGCAGAGAGGGAGGGUUUAGCUGUAAAAGACUCGGUUGUGUUGGAAACUCUGGGCAAGUGUUUCGAGGAGGUAGUGGAACGCGGGGCAUGUAGGGAGAGAUCGGAUGUUCUGUGCGUGGUGGAGACAGCUGGUGGAGUUGCCAGUCCAGGUCCUUCUGGGACGCUUCAAUGUGACUUGUAUAGGCCAUUCCGUAUUCCUGCAGUUCUUGUUGGGGAUGGGCGGCUAGGAGGUAUUUCUGGAACAAUAUCAGCUUAUGAAAGCUUGACUCUGCGAGGUUAUGAUGUUGUUGCUGUUGCUUUUGAAGAUCACGGUCUUCUCAAUGAGGGUCCACUGAUGUCUUAUAUGCGAAACAAGGUCCCUGUCCUAGUGCUACCACCCAUUCCAAGAGAUCUAUCAAAUGACUUGAUUGAAUGGUUUGAAAAUUCUCAUCAUAUAUUUAGUAAUCUUAAGGAAAUAAUGCUAUCAGCUUAUUUUGAGAGAAUUAAAAAGCUGCAAGACAUGCCAAGAGAAGCAAUGGAUAUCAUCUGGUGGCCUUUCACUCAACACCAACUUAUUCCUGAUGGAGGGGUCACAGUAAUUGAUUCACGCUGUGGUGAGAACUUUUCUGUCUUCAAGGUUCAGAAGACAGAAGUCAUAGCACCACAAUUUGAUGCAUGUGCUAGUUGGUGGACUCAAGGACCUGAUGCUAUAAUGCAGGCUGAGCUAGCUAGGGAAAUGGGGUAUACUGCUGCUAGAUAUGGGCAUGUAAUGUUCCCUGAGAAUGUUCAUGAGCCAGCCUUAAAUUGUGCUGAGCUCUUGCUUAAAGGCGUGGGGAAAGGCUGGGCUUCACGAGCAUAUUUUUCAGACAAUGGAUCUACAGCAAUUGAAAUAGCUCUCAAGAUGGCAUUUCGUAAAUUUUCUGUUGAUCACGGGCUUAUUGUGGAUUGUCAUGAGGAUACCACAAAUGAAAGGCCCACUGAGCUUAUGGUCCUUGCACUUCAGAGAUCUUACCAUGGUGAUACACUGGGUGCCAUGGAAGCACAGGCACCAUCUUCUUAUACAGGCUUCCUCCAGCAACCAUGGUACACUGGAAGAGGUCUUUUUCUGGAUCCUCCUUCUGUGUUUAUGCACAACAAUACAUGGAAUAUUUCCAUACCUGAAGGGUAUAAUUGGGAGAGUUUGAAAGGUGAAAGUAUCGCCUUUUCUUCACGCGAUGAAGUAUUUCACAAGGGCAGGGAUAAGUCCGAGCUUGCUACAGUUUAUUCAUCUUAUAUAUCAGAAGUAUUAUCUCGAUUUAAAGGGUCAAAAAAUGUUGGAGCCUUGAUAAUGGAACCAGUUAUACAAGGCGCUGGUGGAAUGCACAUGGUUGAUCCACUUUUUCAGCGUGUGCUUGUUAAUGAGUGUCGGAGUAGAAAAAUUCCAGUGAUCUUUGAUGAGGUUUUUACUGGUUUUUGGCGUUUAGGAGUGGAGACUGCAGCGGAGCUAAUCCAUUGUGUACCAGAUAUAGCCUGCUUUGGGAAGCUGUUGACUGGCGGAAUUAUACCAUUGGCUGUCACCUUGGCAACAAAUGCUGUUUUUGAUUCAUUUAUUGGAGACUCCAAGCUCAAAGCCCUUCUGCAUGGACAUUCUUACUCUGCACAUGCUAUGGGCUGCGCUGCUGCUGUUAAGUCAAUCCAAUGGUUUAAAGACCCUUCUUCCAACCCUAAUAUCACUUCUGAAGGAAGAUUACUAAGGGAGUUAUGGGAUGAUAAAAUGGUUCGCCGGAUUUCAUCACACCCUGUAAUUCAAAGAGUAGUGACUUUGGGAACUUUGUGUGCUUUGGAAUUAAAAGCAGAAGGCACUAGUGCCGGGUAUGGAUCGUUAUAUGCAAGACCACUACUUGAGAAGCUUAGGGAAGAUGGUAUAUACAUGAGGCCUCUGGGUAACGUCAUUUAUCUCUUGUGUGGACCCUGCACAUCUCCACAAGUUUGUAAUCAAUUGCUGGCCAAACUUCAUCGGCAGCUCGACGAAUUUGACGGAUUUAAGAAUUGAGAAUAAUAUGAGUUGCCAAGCGGACAAGUCUAAGAUUCCUGCUACCAAGUUUAGGUAAGUUUAUUCCUGUUUGGGUACGGGGAUGAGUUGUAAAUGCAAGGGUUGCAGCAGUUGCCUUGGUUUUUCAAUUGUCAGUUGUAUUUUAUUCAUCAAUACAAAAAUACCAUCUUCUUCUCAACUCCCCUCUUGUCUCUAUGAUGUUAUGAAUAAAAUGGUUAAGGUCAGUUUUUUUUUUUUUUUUUA